CAAAGAUUGUCGAAUGCCGCCAGAAAAUGAAGGGACAUACAAUUUUUCCAGUUUUCUUUGAUGUUGAACCAACUGAGGUACGGAAGCAGGAAGGGAGUUUUAGAGAAGCAUUUACGAAUCAUGAAGAAGCUUUUAAGGAGAAGGUGAAAAAAUGGAGGGAUGCUUUAAAAGAAGUCGCCAAUAUCAGUGGUUGGGUUAUACCCAAGGGGUAGGAAUCAGAAUAUAUUGAACCAAUUGUCGAGAAGAUAUUCAAAACACUGAGUUCCAUAAAACUAAAUGAGGGCUUGGUCGGAAUAGAUUCUCGUGUAUGGGAAGUAUAUUCAUGCUUAAAAAUAGGUUUGACUGAUGUUCGCAUGAUUGGAAUAUAUGGGACAGGUGGUAUCGGUAAGACAACCAUUGCACAAGUGGUUUAUGAUAGCUUUUCUAAUCAAUUUGAAGCUAGUAGCUUUCUCCAUAAUGUUAGAGAAACAGCUGAAAAAGAGGGUUUAGCUUAUUUGCAAGAACAACUUCUUUCUGACAUCUUUAUGGAAAGAAACAUAAGGAUAUCUGAUGUUGACAAUGGAGUCCGAUUGAUCAGGCAUAGGCUAUGUAAUAAAAAGGUACUUCUCAUUCUUGAUGAUGUAGAUUGUUUGGACCAAUUAUAUAAGUUGGCUUGCAAGCGUGAUUGGUUUCGUCCAGGCAGUAGAAUUGUCAUUACAACAAGAGAUGAACAUUUGCUUAAGACACUAGAAGUUGACGAAAUACAUAGGCCAAGGGAAUUGAGUAGUGAAGAGGCUGUUCGUCUUUUGAGCUUGACAUGUUUCGGCAGUGAACAUCCUCCUGAAGGUUAUAUGGAGAUGUCCAAUCAUGUCGUUAGUUGUGCUCAUGGCCUUCCUUUAGCAAUUAAGUUUUUGGGUUCUUUUCUAGACGGCAGAAGCAUCCCUGCAUGGAAAAGCUGUUUAGAGAGGCUGGAAAAUAAUUUUCCAACAGAAAUUUUACAAGUAUUUCAAAUAAGUUUUGAUAGUCUACAAGAAGUAGAAAAAGAAACAUUUCUACAUAUUGCAUGUUUCUUUAAUGGGGAGGACCAAGAUCGUGUAGUAGAAAUAUUAGAUUAUCUUGAACUUUACCCGAAAAUUGCAAUAAGUAUUCUUAUUGAUAAAUCUCUCUUAAGUGUUUCUUCAGACAAGCACUUGUGGAUGCAUCCACUGGUACAACAAAUGGGCCGGGAAAUCAUUUUUAGAGAGUCCCCUAAAUUUCCUUGGGAGAGAAGUAGAUUAUGGUUGCCGGAGGACAUUGAUCUUGUGCUUACAGACAAUAUGGGAACAGAAGCUAUUCAAAGCAUAGUCCUCGACUUGCCUGCACAAAAAGAGGUACAUUGGCAUCCAGAAGCCUUUUCAAAGAUGCAUUGUCUUGUAUUGCUCAAAAUUCAUAAUGUGCAACUUCAGCAUGAACUCACUCAUUUUCCUAAUGGGUUAAGAUUUGUUGAAUGGAGUGGGUAUUCUUUAAAAUCUUUGCCACCAAAUUUUGAACCCAAGAUGCUUGUUGAACUUAGAAUGUGUCAUAGCAACAUUGAACUACUUUGGAAGGGAGUAAAGCAAUUGGACAGUUUAAGAUUCAUCAAACUCAGUCACUCUCGAAAUCUUGUUAGGACUCCAGACUUCUCGGAGGCACGAGAGCUUGAGAGAAUAGAUUUUGAAGGCUGCACAAAUUUAAUUGAGGUUCACCCAUCCGUUGGUGUACUUAAACGCCUUAUUUUUUUGAAUUUGAAAGAUUGCACAAGUCUUGUAAGUCUUCCCAGCAAGCUUGAAAUGGAAUCUCUUGAAAUUUUUACCCUUUCUGGUUGCUCUAAAGUCAAGAAGAUUCCAGAAUUUACAAAAAAUAUGGAACGGUUACGGGAGCUUCAUGUAAAUGGGACUGCAAUUGUAGACCUACCUUCAUCAAUUGAACAUUUGACUAGUCUUUCCUUAUUGAAUAUAAGCCAUUGCAAAAAUCUUGUGCAUCUUCCCUGCGCCAUUCUUCGAUUAGAGUUACUAAGAGACUUCAUUGUAUUGGGAUGCUCAAGAUUAGCUACAUUUGAUGAUCAUGAGAGUUUUCCCGCUCGAAAAAGAUCGAUAUGGUUAUGGGUAGAAGAAUUUUUUAAAGGUUCAUGUCGACGCGUCAAAUCAAAGUUGUCCUGACCAUCAAACGGAUCUUGCAAGAGAAAUUUUUUAGAAUUCUUUCACUUUUCAUUAAAAAAAAAAAGUGUAAAUUUGAACUCUAUCAUAGUUUUCACUUUUAUUCCUUUAAAUUUACUUAUUUUAUAUUCCUUCA